CGGAGAGGAGAUGCACACGGCACUCGAGUGAGUGCAUGUUUGAGAAGAGUUGGAAAACCCCCUCAUACAGUAGCAGCAGGACGGGGGGCCCACGUAGGAGGAAACGUAUUACGGGAUCCAGAAGUGAGGGGACAAUGCGAGUCCACGUGCACACCAAGUUCUGUUUCCUGUGUGUGCUCACCUUCCUCUUCCAUCAGUGCAACCACUGCCAUGGGGAGGGGCACAGCCAUCAGCACGGUGGACAUCACCAUGCCGACCACAACCACGCCCACAGCGACCUGCAGAUUUCGGAGGCGCCGUACGUGAGAGGAGCCACCAUGUCACCAGCCUCUGCAAGUCCCCAGGGGGAUGCCCUAGAGGAGGAGCAGCGCUUCUACAUCCAGCAGCUGUUCAGGCGCUACGGCCAGAAAGACCGGCUGGAUUUCCAGGGAUUUCAGAGUCUGCUGCUUAGCUUGGGUCUGGGGGAAGUAAAGGUAGUGGGUGUGGAUCAUGAGGAUCUGGGCCAUGACCAUGUAGCCCACCUUGAUUUGCUGGAUAUGCAGGAGGGGCUUCACUCACAUUCAUCCACCACUGAAGGCCUUGAUCAGGGUCAUGGCCACGGGCACGGUCAUGGUCAUCUGCAUCCCAAGCUCGGCUCCCACCAUCCACACACAGAACGAGUUCCCACACGGUGCAGCCAGCAGACCACUGCUGCCGUUCCAGCUGCUGGUGCACCGACAGGGCAUGACCAUAAACAUGAUCACGAUCACGAUCAUGGACAUGAUGCAGAACACGAUCAUGAUCACACCAAGGUAAAGAACAGUGACCAUAAACAUUCUGAGGGACAUGUGCAGGACAGAGAUGUCCAUGAUCACGCACAUGACAAAGAGCACAAACAUGAGCAGGUACAAGUGCAGUCUAACCACAAGGACCUGACUUCUCAACCUCACCGUGAUCAUGACCACAAUGAUCAUGAGCACGGUGAUCAUGACCACAAUGAUCAUGAGCACGGUGAUCAUGACCACAAUGAUCAUGAGCACGGAGAUCAUGAACAAGACCACAAUCAUGUUCAUCAAAUACAGGUCGGAACAGACAUUCCUCCCAUCAGCCAAGAACAGGAGCCCUCGGCCCAAUUGGAGCCGUCCCAAGCCCCUCAGGAGCUACAGACCUCUCCUUCCCCGACAGAAAGCCGGAUCAAGAAGCCCAGAAAUCCAGCACAGGUCAGGGGACGGCGAGGGCGAAACAGAACCCCUUCUCCUCUCCCCCCACCAUCCGAUGACCAUGACCACAAACACGAGCACAGACACGGGCACAGUCAUUCUCAUAAAGAUAAAAGAGAAGCACCUGGAGGGUCCGCCACCCCCACUCUGCAGAUCCCUGUCCUGUCCGGGCAUAUAGGUGGACUGUCACAUCAGCAUGAGGAGUGUUUGAACCUCACUCAGCUCCUCACAUACUACGGCCUGAGUCCUGACUCACUCAUCUCCCCCAGCCAGUUCACCUACCUGUGUCCUGCCCUGCUCUACCAGAUAGACAGUCGCGUCUGCAUCCGCCAUUACCACCAGAUGGAUGUUGAGCAGGAGGCCUUGGAGCCCGUCAGUUCUGUGUGGGUCUGGGUCUGGGGCUUUUUGUCCAUCACCAUCAUCAGCCUGCUGUCUCUGCUGGGCGUCGUGCUCGUGCCCAUCCUCAACCAGUCCUGCUUCAAGUUCCUGCUCACCUUUCUGGUGGCGCUGGCAGUGGGCACGCUCAGUGGAGACGCUCUCCUUCACCUGCUGCCUCACUCUCAAGGGCAGCACGACCACAGCGAGCCUGGGACCAGCCAUGACACCGAUCUGGUAACAGCCUUUGAUGGAGUGUGGAAGGGGCUAACGGCGCUGGCCGGCAUCUACCUCCUCUUCAUCAUCGAACACUGUAUCGGCAUGUUUAAGCACUACAAAGACCAAGGGGGCAUGAAGAAGGUGAACGAGGAAGGGAAGAUUGGCAGGAAGUUGUCAGAUCACAAGUUAAAUCGGCGCUCAGAUGCGGAGUGGCUGCACCUGAAGCCACUCAGUGAAGAUCCUGACAGCACGGCCGUCUCCUGUAACAACGGUCACAACGACACGCAACUCACGGAGGUCCAGACGCCGCUGGCGCCCACAAACCCCCAAGAGGACUACCAGUCGCCCACCAAGGAGAACGGACGCAAGGCAAAGAAUCACAGUCACGGACACGGACACUCUCAUGGUGGGAACUGCCACUCAGACCAGGAGAUGAAGGAUGCUGGUAUAGCCAGCAUCGCCUGGAUGGUUAUUAUGGGCGACGGCAUGCAUAACUUCAGUGACGGCCUGGCUAUAGGCGCAGCAUUUAGUGCGAACCUGACAGGAGGCAUCAGCACGUCAGUGGCCGUCUUCUGCCACGAAUUACCUCAUGAACUCGGUGACUUUGCGGUGCUGCUGAAAGCCGGGAUGACGGUGAAGCAGGCCAUCGUCUACAAUCUGCUGUCCGCCCUCAUGGCCUACGUUGGCAUGCUGAUUGGCACAGUAGUGGGCCAGUACACGCACAAUGUCACCAACUGGAUCUUUGCCAUCACAGCUGGCAUGUUCCUUUAUGUGGCUCUGGUGGAUAUGCUGCCAGAAAUGCUUCACGGGGACAGCGAGGACCACAAGCGGUGCCAGCUGGGACACUUUGUCCUGCAGAACCUGGGCAUGCUGACCGGGUUCGGCAUCAUGCUGCUCAUCGCCAUCUUCGAAGACCGCAUCGUUUUCGAUUUUGGCUUUUAGCGGAGGAGAGAGGGAAGGGGAGAGCUGGAUGCUUCAGUGUUGCUCUUGGCCUUGACACGCUUUGUUUGCAGUGUAACGGUCCAGCCUUGCAUGCAGUGUGAGUCUCGUUCAUGGCCCGUGCCUCCAUUCCAAAAUGUGCAGCGGUAGUUUAUGCAUAUCUCAUCUCAUGCCUCUGCUAGUGAUGUUUACACUCCGCCGCCACCUCUCCUCUGUCAGUCCCCAUCUGUCUGUUCCCUGUGCAGCAAAAAAAAAAAAGAAAGAAUGAAAGAAGAGUGAGGCUGCACUCCAGCCAGAAAACACCACCUCUGCUCUGAAACAGUAAGCUCCGUCUUUUAAAAAACGAGCUGUAGACAGUCAGGUGGUGCAGGACGCAGCUGCCUCGGCCCAGCAGCCCGUCCGUCAUCACCUGUUGUUAGCGUGUUGUCGUCGUAGCCCUCCUGCGUCCUCAUCUCUUACCCACCCUGUGCCGUGUCCCGUCAUCCGUGCCUCGUACAUCUGUCGGUGUGUGUCCCGCCCGCCAUCCAUCACCAGCUUUUGAUGCCAUCACGCUGUGUAUCAAACAUCUCAUGGCUCUGUGUGCCGAGCCCUGGCCACUGGAGCAGCACCACGGCUGCACCGCAUGCCGUCGCAGUGCCGUCAAAGAGACGCAGAGCUCAGUUUAGCCUGCUGCUACAUCUGGAAUAAACCUUUUAUCUCGUGCUGCUUCACCAGCAAAAUGUUUUGCCAGCUUUUGUCAAAACCGAAAAGGGUCCCCCCCCAACUGUACGUGGGAGAAGAUCUAAAUGGUGUAGUGUUCUUUUUUUUUUUUUUUUUUUUUUUUUUUGCUGCAACUUUUUCCCUUUAUUACUUUUGAGUUAUGUUUAAUUGUCUUAAUUAGAUUAAUCUGGGGGGGAUUAUUAAACUUUUGUAGUUCAUAGUUACAACUAACAGCUGCCAAAGCCUUUACAAAUUAGCAUUUACAGUAAUCAGUGUUUUUGUUUUAUUUAGAAACUACGUCACAAGUGUUAGAGCAAGUGUUUUUUUUUAAGGGUUUGACAAUCUGUAGCCAAAUGAGACAUAUCCCUGUCAGGCCUUUAUAUUUUAUCAUUCUUUAGAAGAAUCAGCAGCUUCAAAAUAUGAUAAACUACCUAACCUCAUCUUCAUCAACAAGUGUUGUAGUUUACUAGAUUCAUUUAGGGUGCCUCUAUGAGUUCCUUAAAGGUGCUUUGUCUGGUGGGACCACCCUGCAGUGGACAUUCAAUUACAGUAGCAGGUUGAGUUGUUAGACUAGUGCAGAUUACUUGAUGUACUAUGAAUACAUGAGGUCGUUAUACCCUCAAUAGUUGAGCAGCUAAAAGCGAAGGUUGGCUCUUGAUAACAUUUAUGAAAGUUCCUCUGUUGGAAGAGUGGCAGACCGUCCUGACAAUCGGAGACAGACCAAGCUAAAGACAGGACUCCUUGCAUUCAAAUCAGCAUUCCCUGCACCUGUGAUGGAUCAGUCAGAUCAUUAGUAUUGCCGUUAUUAUUACUGAUACUUUAUUUUUUAUGGCUGUGAACAUUAUAGUCAGUGUGGUGACUGUGCCAAACCUGACUCCAGUGUGGAAUUUCAGCGGCUGGUGCUUGACACUGACCCCCCCACUGACCCCCCCCCCCCCCCAAAACCCCUACAUUCCAUUGGCUGUUCUGCGGCUCACAUGCUAAGCUAGCUAGCCUAGCUUCAGCUGCCUGAGCACACAGAUACUGUGUGGCUUCAUUUAUCCUGUCACUGUGUGACAUCUGUCGUCUACGUCUUAACUGGCUGUAAAUCAUCAUCAGUCACGUCGAACUCACGUCGUCGAUCUGACUGAAUCAUGCAUGAAGCAUGAGCGAAGCGGUACAGACAUUGCGUCGAGUGUGAAAUUGUUUUCAUCCUUUGUACUGCAUAGUUAAAACGUUUUGUUCAUUUUUAAUUUAAGUGUAUGUGAAGAUCCUGAGACGUUCUUUGGGGCUGGUGUUACAAGCCUUUUUUUUUUUUUUUUUUAAUCUUGUGUUCAUAUUUAAAUUUGAUGCAAAAAUGAAGUGGUUAAAAAGGACCUGAAUGUAAUUUCAUUCUAUUCUAACAUCAAAUAAGCUCAUCAUUUGCCAUCUUUAAAACAGGAGUUUAUAUUAUUCACUCAUUUCUUACACUAUCCAUAGUGGUUUUUAAAAUUUUGGGUUGCCUUUUUUGAACCAGCAUUUACCCAGUGUUACCCAGUAUAAAUUAAACUGUCCUGUCAUGUAUUUGAUAAAAGUCAGUGACACUUAAGACUCUAUGCCCCAAAUACAAAGUUUCUUCACUGUUUAUUGGACAAAAAAAAAACUGUCCUUAAGUUCCAAGUCUGUCUCAUUUUUGCUUUGUUGUAUGUGACUUUGUUUAGUGAUCUGGAUAGAAAAUGUAAAAUGUGACAUCCGUGCUGUUUGCCUGUCUGUGCAUUCUCCCCAUUACGAAAAAGAAAAUAAAUUCUGAUAAGAGCCCUGA